AUGAGUUUAAAAUCUAGUGAUUAUAGAAUAUUAGAUAUAGUUUGGAGAUCAGUAACUGAAUUAUUGCAAAAUGCUAUCGGAUGGAGAUAUAAAUGUACAACUAAUAAACAAUUAGAUGGACAGGUAGUUGUAAUAACUGGUGCUAACACUGGUAUCGGCAAAGAGACGGCCAGUGAUCUGGCAAAACGUGGAGCAAAAGUAAUAAUCGGUUGUAGAGAUGAAACAAGAGCUGCAAAUGCUAUCAAAGAUAUUAAGUCAAAGAACCCAAAGGCAGACAUAACGGCAUUCAAACUGGAUUUGUCUUCACUAAAGUCUGUCCGCGAGUUUGCCCAACAAUUGAACGAAAAAUACCAGAGAAUUGAUAUACUCAUCAAUAAUGCCGGCCUUACGAUAAAUAAUCGCAAAGAAACUGAGGACGGAUUUGAAAUGAUGUUUGGAACCAAUCAUUUGGGACACUUUUUGCUAACAUUGCUUAUAUUGCCAUUACUACGUAAACCCCAGAGAGCACGGGUGGUUAAUGUGGCGUCAGUUGCUUAUGGAUUAGGAAAAAUAGAUUUCGAUGAUAUUCACGCUUCAAACAAACCGUACAAAAUGUUGUCAGUCUAUGGUCAGAGCAAAUUGGCUAAUAUAUUGUUUACCCGUGAAAUGGCCCGACGUUUGGGCACUGAUUCGUCGAUCAAUGUCUAUGCCGUACAUCCGGGUUGUGUGCGCACAGAGUUUGCCCGAAAUCUGGGAAAUCUGGAUAUUGUAAGCAAAGUGUUUUGGCUCGGGUUUGGUCACGUAUUUCUCAUAAAUGGCAAAUCCGGUGCUCAAACAUCACUCUACUGUGCCAUUGAUGAGACACUGGAUAACGAAACGGGAUUUUAUUAUGAAAAUUGUCACCGAAAUGAUGACUUGUAUAGUAAAGCCAAGGAUGACGAGACAGCCCAACGAUUGUGGGAAUUGAGCGCACAAUUAGUCAAACUUGAAGAUCAAUAUAAUUUGGCGAAAAAUCCUAAUUAUUUGAAAUAA